CAGCCGUGUAACUGAUUAACCGACGAGUUAUUGCUUUCUUUCGAAACUAGAAUUUAAAAAUAAAAUAAUUCAAAUCAUCACGGACGCAGUUCACUGUUUUGGUCUUAUUCUCUUCGCCGAAGCCACCAGCCACGAAUCGCAGAGUCCUGAGAUGACAAAGCCUAGGCGUUCAGUCGGACCGGCAAUCAAGUAUCGCACAUGCGACACCUGCAAUUCGACGUUAUACUUCACGGAUUUGGAAAMUCAUUUCACCGACCACUGUCCGCCGAGCUCGUCGAAUUGGACUCAGGCGUUCGUCAACGACCAUUGUCUUUACUCGUACGCCAAGCUGUACACGAAAGAUGACGAAUACAUGGUGGGCAACGACAAUGUAGUCGUGCCUAUUGCUGCGAUUCAGUUGUGCGGCUUUGUGCUUGGCGAACCGGUCAUUGUGAGGUGCGGCAACAAAACUUUUGUCAAAUACAUCUGGCCUUCGGAUGACUUGCCGCUGUCUAGUGUAUAUUUCUCCAAAGAAGUAUUGGCUGACGAACUAGAUCAGUUGGAACACGUUUCUGUGGAGCGAUUUAAGAUUCCACUGAGUGAAGCUCAAAACAUUGAAAUACGUUUGUCUAACAAUGAUCAAUUACCAGAUGGAGAAUUCAUACGCCACUUGUUGACUCACAUUUCUAAUAAAUAUGAAGGGCAUAUUAUCAAACCUUUGGAUUUUUUAUGUUUUGAUUUUUAUGGGCGUAGUCUCGUUUUUGAGGUAUCCAAAAUCUCUACUUUUCCAAAUGUUGAACUGAAUGAACAAAUGCAAACUCUGAAUAUAAGUGAUGAACAUUUUUAUCAUAUUUCAUGUUCUACUACAUGGAAUAUAAAAAAUCAUCUUGACAAAGUUAAUAUAACUUAUCCAAUAUCAAAUGUUGGUGGAUUGGAUGAUAUUUAUAAAAAAGUAAUGAAUGUAAUACAAAAAUUAAAAUGUCAAAGUGUUUGCGGAUUUAUUUUACAUGGUAUUUCUGGAACUGGGAAAACACUAUUAGCAAAUACAAUAACUUAUUCAUCCAAAAGACACGUAGUUGAAAUUAAAGGUUGGGAAAUUCUGAGUAAGAUUUAUGGACAGUCUGAAGCAAAAUUGAAAUUAUUUUUUGAGGAAGCAAUUAUUAAUUCUCCUAGUGUCAUAUUAAUUGAUAGGCUAGAAACUUUAAGUAAAUCAAAUGAUUCUUCAGACCUUGAAAGAAGAAUUAUGAACACACUUCAAACUAUGUUUGAUUUGUUAAAAUCAACCAAACAUAAUGGAGUAGCUAUCAUUGGUACUACUAGCAAUUUGAGUUCUGUUGAUAGCAAUUUACGAAGACCGGGAAGAUUUGAUUACGAAAUAGAAUUACCAGUGCCAAAUGAAUUGCAACGUAUAGACAUCUUAACAAAACAGUUAUCUCUUAUCCAACAGGAAAUAAGUGAAGAACAAAUUAUUUCCAUUGCAUAUCGAGCUCAAGGAUUUGUAGGAGCUGAUUUGUUAGCUGUAGUUAACCGAGCACAAACUGAAGCAGCAAUAAAUAAUGAAAAUGUCACUUAUAAGCAUAUGUGUACUGCUAUAACUCAAGUGAAACCAUCGGCCCUUAAAGAAGUAAUGGUUCAAGUGCCUAAUGUGAAAUGGUCAGACAUAGGUGGCCAAGAUGACAUAAAAUUAAAACUCAAACAGGUGGUUGAAUGGCCACUUCAACAUCCAGAAGCUUUUAAACGCAUGGGUAUCACUCCCCCGCGUGGAGUCCUACUAUACGGGCCUCCGGGUUGUUCUAAAACAAUGAUUGCUAAAGCUGUAGCUACGGAGAGUCACUUCAAUUUUAUAUCGGUCAAAGGACCUGAACUCUUCAAUAAAUAUGUUGGAGAAUCUGAACGUGCUGUCCGGGAAACAUUUAUGCGAGCUAGAAGUGUAGCUCCUUGUGUUGUAUUUUUUGAUGAGUUGGAUGGCUUAGCUGGCGAAAGAGGUAUGGGCGAAAGUGGUUCUAGUGGGGUUCAUUCUAGAGUCUUAGCCCAAUUACUAACAGAGUUGGAUGGUGUUCAACCAUUAGGGAAUGUCACUAUUUUAGCUGCAACUAAUAGGCCAGAUCUUAUUGAUUCUGCUCUUUUGAGACCAGGAAGAUUAGAUCGUAAAGUGUAUGUUCCAUUACCAGAUAAGACUACCCGUUUGGAGAUAUUAAAACUGAAACUUUCAAAAAUGCCAACAUCAACUGAUGUAGACAUUCAUAAAUUAGUUGAACUUACUGAAAACUAUUCUGGCGCUGAAGUAAUUGCAAUCUGUCAUGAGGCUUCAUUGAAAGCUUUGGAAGACAAUAUAAAGGCAGAACAAGUAAAAAUGAGUCACUUUGAAGUUUCACUUCAAUCAUUGCAACCUCAGACACCGUUAUGGUUAUUAAAAAUAUAUGAAAAGUUUUCUGGACUCCAGAGAUGAAUAACACUGUCACUUGGCAUAUUCCGAAGAAAAACAAUGGAAAUCUUACAGUGGUUUAAAAUGAUUAGUUACUGUUGUGUUUCAAUAUGUGUUGUUAAUAAUUUAUUGUUAUUUAUUAAUUUUCUA